AUCUUGGAGCCUGGAGUCACAGCCUCCCCUUGUCUAAAUAUGAUCUGUCACCAGUGUCCGGAUCAGGAUCAGCAUGACUCUUUAGAAGAGGAAACAAUGAAUGUCUACUCCCCACCCACCCUUCUGCAGCUGGCAAGGCAGAAGCUACUGAGGGAGGAGACCUUGGCCACUUCUGCUCUCAAGGACCUACCCAAGGAGCUGCUACCAGAGAUAUUUGAGGAGGCCUUCACUGAUGAACGUACAAAGAUCUUAAGGGCCAUGAUACCUAUGUGGCCCUUCCCAUGCCUUCCUGUAGGAACGCUGAUAAAGAACCCCAACCUGGAGACUUUGAAGGCUGUGCUUGAGGGACUAGAUAUACUGCUUGCACAAAAGGUUCGCUCCAGUAGGUGCAAACUCAGAGUACUCAAUUUGAGGAAUGAACACCAUGAGUUUUGGAGGAUAUGGGCUGGAUCCCAUGAAGAUGAAUGCUUACCACACUUGACCCAGAAGCAGCCAGUGGAGAAUAGUCCAGACUGUGGAGUGAAGAAACAUUUGCAGGUGACAACUGACUUCAAACUCAUGAAGGGCAGACUUGAUGAAUCUGCUACAUACUUGUUGCAGUGGGCCGAGCAGAGAAAAGAUUCCAUUCAUCUAUGCUGUAGAAAGCUGCAGAUUCAGGGCAUAUUCAAAGACACAUUCAUAGAAAUCUUCAAAAUUAUAGAUACAAACUGUAUGCAGGAGCUGGAGCUAAGUUGUAUCUGGGAAGAAGAAUUGUCUUUUCUUAAUCCCUACCUGAGACAGAUGAAAAAUCUUCUCACUCUCAAGCUAGGUGACAUCACAGAAGUUACUAUGGAUGGUGAUGAUUUGUUUGACAAGAAGAAAAGGCGCAAGUUGAUUUCUCAGCUUCUCUCAUUCUACUGUCUCCAGAAUCUCUAUGUAGAUGGUACCUUUAUAGAAGGAAAUAUGAUAGAAUGCCUCAGAUACCUGAAGAAGCCCUUGGAGACUCUGUGCCUCCAAUACUGUUUUCUCUCACAGACAGACUUGGAUUACCUGCCCCAUUGCCUGAAUAUUUGUAAGCUCAAACAUCUGAACCUGAGUUAUAUAUUUUUAUUUAAUUUAUUCCUUGAGCCUCUUGGGAGUCUUCUUGAGAGAGUUAAAGAUACCCUGCAAACCCUGGAAAUGCAAUUAUGUGGGAUGACGGACCGUCAUUUCAGUGUCCUCCUGCCUGCCCUAAGCCAAUGCUCCCACCUCACAAAGAUCAAUUUCUAUGAAAAUACCCUCUCUUUACCUGUUCUGAAACAACUUUUGUACCACACAGCCAACCUGAGCCAGCUGACUCAGGAACAGUACCCUGCCCCUCAGGAGUGCUAUGAUAACAUGCGUGGAGUUGAAACACACAGACUGGAAAACGUAUGCACUGGGCUUCUGGAUAUACUCAGGGCCAAAAGACAGCCCGAGAGGGUUGCCUUUGCUACAUCCCGUUGCAUUAAAUGUCGUGGCUUCUUGGUCUAUGAUCUGGAGACCCAACGUUGCCUUUUCCAGCACUAA